GUUCGAGGAUGAGCUCCGUGCGGAAGAUGUGACUCGUUUGGUGCAGGCGGAAAUUUUGACCGGAGAGCGAAGGACGCUCGUGACUUUUGCUGAUGGCACGCAAGAUGUCAUCGACGAUUUGUGGGUACUUUUGCAUGGACGUGGGUAUGGCGGGGCACAGCUUCAGUCCGCCUCUGCGGCCAUUGCCGGCUCUAG